CGACGUUAGAGGUGUCUCUAAAUAAGUCUUAAAAUCAAUCGAUGUAUUAAUGUUUAUAUAUUAUUCAAAGCACCAGCGGUGAUUCGUUGUAAAUAUCUUAAUGCCACAGUAUAAUCGUACUUUGCUUAUUUGAUAUAAAUUAAAAUGAAUUAUUAACUGGGUAGUAAAAUGGCGGAUCGGCUUACACAAUUGCAAGACACCGUUAAUCAGCAAGCGGAGCACUUCUGCAAUGCAAUUGGUGUAAUUCAACAAACGUCCCUUCCAAGUAAAUUUGUUAAUUUUGAACGCAUUGGACCCCAAACGCCAAUCCCGUGUCCGCCGCAAGAAGACUAUGCCCAAUUAUUUGCACAGUUAAUUGCACGAUGUGCUAAAGACAUCGACACCCUAAUUGAGUCUCUUCCUAAUGAAGACAGCUCCAUUGAACUCCAAAAUUCUAGCCUUAAAAGGCUCGAGAUCGAAAACCAGGGAACUGCUAGAGACCUAGAGGAAGUAGUGCAAAGAGGCGAACUAUUGCUAGAAAAAAUGCAAUAUGCUUUAGAAAGCAUGGCUCAGGCUCAAUUAGAUAUGCAAAUAACACUCAAACAUGAUUUACAAUAAUCACAUUUUUGUAUAAAGGCAAAAUUAUUUUUUAAAUUUAAGAUAAUGUAUUUAUUGCAUUUUUGUUCUUUAUGUUUACAGAUCAAAUGGGUUCUAAUAUAUACAUAUUGUUUUUAUAAGUAAAGUUCAAAAAUCUAUGUUUAACUUAAUUUAGACCUAAACCAUUUUGAACAGCACCUCUGACCUCGUUGAUAUAAUUGAUUAUAGUUUUAGUUCAACAAAACAUUCCUUUAAGUUACAAAAGAUACUAUAUAUACUUACACAUACCACUUUGGAUUUUAUAAACAAAUUAAAUUUAUGUGCUCUUAAAUAUUUAA